GUGAAGGGGGGGGCGUCCAGGCGGUGGCCUCGCUCUGAGCCGUGAGCGAAUCAUCCACUUUGCUCUUUCUGGAUUGUGUUUUCUACGCAUGAUUGAGCGGACACCAUGAUGAAAGGGGAAGAUUCAGAGGAAGUGGAGAUUGACUUGGAGGACUCCAGUGACCCUGAAGAAUUUGAAAAUGAGGAGGAACCUCAGACGCUGUGGAGGGCCCCUCCAGCUCUGGAAGAGGAGGAAAACAUUCAUACGUCUACACUGGUGGAAAUCAGUGACACCAAGCCUCUGAUUAACGCCAGAGACCCCCGAGGCAUCAAUGACUGUCUCAAGGUGACGUUUGAGGAUGUGAUAGCCGAGCCAGUGUCGGUGCGCAGCGGGGACAGAGUCUGGAUCUGGAGCAACGCCCUGUUUGAGGUGUCCAGGAUUUGGAUUUACAGGAUAGUCACGGUACUUCUGGCCAUUCCCACGUCGGUUAUCUCUGGGCUCAUCUUUGCCAUCCUCAGCUGCUUCCACAUCUGGAUGGUCGGCCCCUGUAUCCACUGCGUUCAUAUUGGGACUCGCUGGCUGCAGGGCCUGUGGAGCAUCGUGCUGGGCGUCAUUGUGCGUCCGUUCCUCACGAGCGCCGGGAAAUGUUGCGGCGGCUUUAGCAUUCACCUUGCCAAAGAAUGAGACUCACACACGAGAGGCACAUCCCAAGUGGAAUCCUUCGAAGUGGACCUGGCCCAAGAGGGCGCUGAUUUUUGAUUCUUAAAUUUUUAAAUAAAAAAUAAAAAUAUAUGCUUUAAAUGGUCAGAACCGCUUUUAUCCAAGUUCCUUCUUCUUUAUGAUUUUUUUCUAACAGUAGGUUUUUGCGUCUUGGACCCAGCACAGUGGCAGAAGAAGGUGGUCGAUUCUUAAUUUCACACUUUUGGAACACUUUUUUCGCCCUGAUGUCACAGUGGAGUUACGAUUCAGGUCAUCAUUCAGGUUACGUAAUCCGUCUCAAUGCUUGGGUUUGGUUUUGUAUUUUCUUGUAUUUUUAAACUGCAAUUUAGAUUGUAAAGAUCCCCUCCAUCCCUGUUUGAAGAAAACUAUUCUUACACUCUUUGAAUAAUAAUUUGUGUCUAAUAAAACGUUCAACUGCC